AUGACCGCCACACCAACGAUUCAUGAGCUUGAGUCUCGUGAUCAGAAAAUCAGCCAAGUGAAAGUAUUCACUGAUCGUGCUGAAGUCCGUCGUCUUGUAAAAAUAUCUCUGAAAACGGGAGUGAAUGAAAUUGUUCUGAAAAAUUUAACCACCAAUUUGACACCUGGAUCAAUGAGAGUUGAAGGAAGAGGAAAUGCGGUUAUUCAUGAUGUUGUGGUCAAAAAUGUCGCUGCUACAACGGAAGAAACCGAUUCGCCAAAGAUUUCUGCAAUCAGAGCUUCUCUCCAAGAAGAGAAAGCUCGUCUCCAAAGGAUUGAGGACCGUGGAACCGUUAUUCAGAAAUGUAUCACAAAUUUGGAUUCAGUAUUUGGACAAGUUGGAGGAGGAUUGGUGAAAGCACCAAAAGAUGGAGAAGUUGCUCUAAAUGAGGGAACUUUGACCAGUCUAAAACACUUUUUUGACUUCUAUGGAACCAAUUCCGAGAGCUACAGAGAAAAGCUCCGAUCGAUUGAAGCCGGAUAUAGAGAUCAACAAGAAAAAGUCCAGAAAUUGGAACAGGAACUGAGCCUUAUUCAAAAUAAGUCUCAUCACAAAUCCUAUUCACAAUCUGCCAUCAUCAGUUUGGAAUGUUCUGAAGAAUGUGAAGCUGAGUUGGAUGUGAUUUAUCAAGUUAUGAAUGCUGGAUGGUCUCCAUCUUAUGACAUCAGAGUGGACACAUCGAAGCCUUCCAUGAAUAUAACUUAUUUCGGAAAGAUCAGACAAAAUACAAAUGAAGACUGGAAUGGUGCUCCAUUGGUGCUUUCAACCGCUCAGCCAUGUUUAGGAGGGAAAAUUCCAGAACUUGGAACUCUCGAAGCCACAUUCAGAAUUCUUUAUACCCCCGUCCGCCAGCACAUGCUACCGGAAAUGCAUAUGGGAAUGCCUCAUGGAAUUCAACAACAACAACAACGUGCUCCAGCGGCUCUCUUCGGCUCCGCUCAUCCACCCCCACCACAGCCAGAAAUGAAAGUUGCAGUUGCUUCUGAAGUAACCCAGAACACACUAAGCACUGAGUUCAAAAUUCUGCGAGAAGCAACGAUUCCACACGGAACUAAGGAUCACAAAGUUACAGUCGGAAUUGUGACUCUUUCUCCAAAACUUGUACAUGAAACUGUUCCCAGCAAAAACGCUGCAGCUUUCCUCACCGCCUGCGCCGUCAACUCAUCAGAAUUAGCAUUCUUGUCAGGAGACUCGUCUGUGUAUCUGAACAAUGCAUUUGUUGCAAAGAGUCACUUGAAAAAUGUUUCCCCAGGAGAGCGAUUCAGUUGUUCUCUUGGAGUGGACACUGCGAUUCGAGUGGAAUACAAACCAGCCAAAAAAUAUCACGAAGAAGGAGGAUACAUCACAAAACACUCUGCAAAUGUCACCGAACAAACUGUCUUCGUCAAGAACUCUCGCAGCGAACAACCAGUUCUUCUCACUAUCAAACAUCAUGUUCCACGUAGUACUGAUGAGAAGAUUCGUGUGAAACUUGUGGCACCAGUUGCCGUUCCUUAUGAUGCGGAGAAGGCGACAAAUGAGACAGAGAAUGCAGAACCAUCAGAAGGAGCCAAAUUCAACUCAAGUAACAAUUUGGAGUGGACUGUCAAGUUGGCACCAAACACUUCCCAGGACUUGGUUAUCAAAUAUGUCGUGGAACAUCCAAAAGACGAAACUGUUCAAUAUCGCGAGAUCUUUUAA